GGGCGGCGCGGGGCCCGGGGGGUGGGCCCGGCCGGGGGCAUCGGGCUGGGACGCAGAUACCCCGGAGGAACUUGACGGCAGCUCCCGGGAAGGGAGCGGAGGCCGUGGGGCCAGCGGCCAAGGGCUGGCUCUGGCUCUUUUUCUCGGAGGUGGAAACUUCUCUCGGCCCAAACGGGAGGCAGGGCGGUUGACGGUUCCGCAGGCUGUCCGCCGAGGGCGGCGGUUGGCCAGCGCUCAGUACUAGCCUCGCGGGGACGGCCGGUCCCGGGUUCAUCCGGCUUCUCUUCCCCGCAUCUCUGGCUCCCACGCCUCCCCUCGGAGGACCCAGGAACCCGGCCCCUCCCGGCAGGAUGGACGAGGAGAGCCUGCAGACCGCCCUCCGGACCUACGACGCGCAGCUGCAGCAGGUGGAGCUGGCUCUGGGCACUGGCCUGGAUCCCUCGGAGCUGGCAGAUCUGCGCCAGCUGCAGGGGGACCUGAAGGAGCUGAUCGAGCUCACUGAGGCCAGCCUGGUGUCCGUCAGGAAGAGCAAGCUGCUGGCGGCGCUGGAUGGAGAGCGCCCAGCCCAGGAGGAUGCUGAGUACUUGGCUUUCCAGGAGGCCAUUGCUGAGGCAGUGGAGGUGCCAGUAGCCCCCGAGGCAGAAUUGGAGACUGUUCCUAUGAGAGAGACCGGGCCAGGACCCACGGAGCCUGGGCGGGAGGAGGACGAUGGGGAGGACGAGGACGGGGCAGAGCUGAGUGGGAGGAAGGUGAACGCCCCCUACUACAGUGCCUGGGGCACCCUGGAGUAUCACAACGCCAUGAUCGUGGGCACCGAGGAGAUGGAUGAUGGCUCUCCGGGCGUGCGCGUACUCUAUCUCUACCCCACUCACAAGUCCCUGAAGCCUUGCCCGUUCUUCCUGGAGGGGAAGUGCCGUUUCCAGGAAAGCUGCAGGUUCUCCCAUGGGCAGGUGGUCUCUGUGGAUGAGCUGCGCCCCUUCCAAGACCCGGACCUGAGCUCCCUGCAGGCCGGCUCUGCGUGUCUGGCCAAGCGGCAGGAUGGCCUCUGGCACCCAGCGCGGAUCACUGAUGUGGACAGUGGCUACUACACGGUCAAAUUUGACUCUCUGCUGUUGAAAGAGGCCGUGGUGGAGGGGGACAGCAUCCUGCCCCCGCUGCGCACGGAGCCCGCAGGUUCCUCUGACUCAGACGGCAGUGACGUGGACGACCCCAGCUAUGCUCGAGUGGUGGAACCUGCUGCUGCUGACCCCGGGACCUGCAGCUCCGCCUUCGCCGGCUGGGAGGUGCACACGCGGGGCAUCGGCUCCAGACUCCUCGCCAAGAUGGGCUAUGAGUUUGGCAAGGGUCUGGGCCGGCAUGCGGAGGGCCGGGUGGAGCCCGUCCACGCUGUGGUGCUGCCGCGAGGGAAGUCGCUGGACCAGUGUGCGGAGAUCCUGCAGAAGAGGACCAGGGGCAGCCAGGCUGGCGCCAGCAGGCCCCCAAAAUGCCGGGGCAGAGGGGGUGGGCCUAGGGGCCGCCCACCGUCUCGCAAUGUGUUUGACUUCCUGAACGAGAAGCUGAAAGGCGGGGCUCCUGGGGCCCUGGAGGCGGGGGUGGCGCCCCCGGGAAGGAGGAGUGGCGAGGAGGUGUACCACGCCAGCAGGAGUGCCAAGCGCGCCCUGAGCCUGCAGCUCUUCCAGACGGAGGAGAAGAUCGAGCAGACCCAGCGAGCCAUCCGGGGCAUCCAGGAGGCCCUUGCCCGCAAUGCUGGCCGGUACGUGUGGGCCCUGCCCGAGCCACGCCGCACCCCUGCCCGUGGUGCCUGGGCACAGCGUGACAGCAGCCCAGCUGCAGGAGAAGCUGGCGGGAGCCCAGCGGCAGCUGGGGCAGCUCCGGGCCCAGGAGGCGGGCCUGCAGAGGGAACAGAGGAAGGCGGACACCCACAAGAAGAUGACCGAGUUCUAGGGCCCCGACACGUGGCGUGGACAGAGCUCAGGGACCCCAGCUCCCGCUGCCUUCAGGAAGACCAGCUGUCGCUCGACAGCUAGAAUGCCACCGGAAGAGGGGCCAGCCCUCACAGUUGGCCUUCUUGCCGGCCUCGGGCAUGUGGCCACUGCUGAGAGGAGACAGGCUGCAGGGGUCCCUGUCAGGUCCCUUCCUGACACUUCCUUGACCAUUGAGCCCACCUACCAGUGUCCUGGGCUGUCUCCUGAGCAAGGACAUUAAAGUGACUUUGUUGCAGUGUCUUUUA